UUAUUAUCACUCGUUAUCACGAGAAUCGGUGGACAUCUUCGGUGUCCGCGACUGCAAUGUGUGAUAAUAUGGACGAUGUUUUGCAAGAGUUGGCCGACAUCUCCGCCGAACCGCCGCUUAAACGACAACUUUGUCUCAAAUGCGGUCGACCGCUGCCGGUGUGUUGGUGUCCGCACUUACCGGCCGUUCCCAUAGAGACGAAGAACAGAGUUGUGAUCCUUCAACACCCGAACGAAGAGAAACGAUGUCUCAGGACUGCGAAGAUAUUGGAGUUGAGUCUGUCGUGCGGACAGUGUGUUGUCCUCAGAGGCAAGAGGUUCUCCACCUUUAAAUAUCCGGUACUUAAAGAAGUGAUUGGAGACCAAACACAAGACGAUAGCAAUAGUAAACGCAAAACAAUUCUCGUUUACCCGGGAAUGGGAUCUCAGCCGCUGUCGGAGUUGUCGACCGAAGACUCGUAUAAUAUAAUACUAAUCGACGGCACGUGGAGUCAGACGAGGUCUAUAUACGCACAGAACAGUCCUAUACUGAGGAGAAACGGGCUUGCGUUGGGUGGCUACCUACAGACAGAUGACACCUCAGCCGCCGAGACCACAAUAGUCAUUUACGAGAAGCUGACCAAUCCUUUGAUAGCUUUAUGUGACUUUCAGUUGUCGUUCGGAGCGGUCUCUCAUCACAGCAAAGAAUUCCUUAUAAUGAAUGGCUUGUAUACCAAACCAUUAACCAAACGAAUCCAACAAAAGCUUUCCAACAAACAAGACAUCAAACAAUUGAUUCGU